AUGGUCGCGACCAAGGGUCCACGUGAUCAGAGGAAUUUGAGGUGGGAUUUCUCUCGCCUCUUCAUCGACGACCAGAACAAAUCGCCCUUCACAAAGACCGCCAAGAUGCAGAUCUUCGUGAAGACCCUUACUGGCAAGACCAUCACCCUGGAGGUCGAGUCCUCGGACACGAUCGACAAUGUGAAGUCCAAGAUCCAGGACAAGGAGGGCAUCCCUCCCGACCAGCAGCGCCUCAUUUUCGCCGGCAAGCAGCUUGAGGAUGGCCGGACGCUGUCCGACUACAACAUCCAGAAGGAGUCGACCCUCCACCUGGUGCUCCGUCUGCGUGGUGGCAUCAUCGAGCCCAGCUUGAAGGCUCUGGCCAGCAAGUUCAACUGCGACAAGAUGAUCUGCCGCAAGUGCUACGCGCGUCUGCCCCCGCGUGCCACCAACUGCAGGAAGCGCAAGUGUGGUCACACCAACCAGCUGCGCCCCAAGAAGAAGCUCAAAUAAGCGGUGCAAAUUCUCCUAUUCAUGGUCUCUGGCGUCUCGGAUUUUUGUUGGCAUUCAUCAAAAGGAGAGCAAAUGCUGGGGAAUUUGGAAUUCAGAAGCCUUUGCGAGGAUUGGGAACCGGAUCUGGCUUGUGGAAACGACUCAUCGCCGUAUGGACGAUUAUGAAAUUGCAGUCAAGCUGCCGCCUCUCUUAGCCAUGCCCAGCAAUGAAGAUCCUUUUUUGUUUUAUCGUGUUUGGUCCAGCCAAGUUGAGAUAUGCUCGACGCCCUUGAAAACAUGCA